AUGUCGCGGGACGGCGUCGAGCCGCUCGACGCCGUCCCGUCCACGUCCUACGCCCCGCGCGAGUACGUCAUCGUCAACGGCCUCCGAUACGUCGUUCCGUACGUCGAGGACGUGAUCUACAAGGUGUCGACCACUCGGGAGGGCGCGAGCGUGCUCGAUUGCCUCGUCGGGCAUCAUGCGUUUCAAGGGCAGUGCGUCAAGGGCGGCGGCGACCGCGCGCACUGGCAGGGCGAGCUGGACGCGCGGCGCGUCGCGAUCGUCUCCGACGUCCUCGCGCGGCUCCCCACGGGCGGCGACGUCCCGGAGCGCUGGUGGGCGACGCCGGCGUCGCUGGACGAGCGCGUGCCGAGAGAUUCGCGGCUGCGCGUGCGACGCCACGUCCACGAGCCGUGCGUGCACGCGGAGGCGCCGGUCGUGUUGACCGAGGACGAGCGCGUCGUGAUCGUGGACAAGCCCCCGGGGUUGCCCACGCUCGCGGGCGUCGGCCCGGGCGUCGCGGGAGAGAACAACGCGGUCGCGGUGCUGCGUCGUCUUCGCGCGUCGGCGUCGGCGUCGGCGAAGAGGAAGAGAGAAGAAAGCGACGACGGCGGCGGCGGCGGCGGCGGCGGCGACGACGACGACGCGCCGCUGUUCGCGGUGAACCGAAUCGAUAAGCCCGUCUCCGGGGUGUGGAUCCUCGCGAAAGGGAGUCGUCUGUCCGCGCGCGCGCGCGACGCGCUGCACAAGGGCGCGGCGCGCGGGGAGACGCGCAAGACGUACGUCGCUCUCGUGAAGGGCCGCGUCGAAGUCGGCGGCGGCGGCGCGGGCGGCGGGGGGUUCGUCGUCGACGCGCCGCUUCGCAAGGACGAGCGCGGGCUGGCCGUCGUCGGCGGCGACGGCGCGAAGCCCGCGGCGACGCGCGUCGUCCCCCUCGCGGUCGUCGCGGUGCCGUCGAAGGGCGGCGGCGGAGAGAAGGAGGCACUGACGCUCGCGGCCGUCGCGUUGGAAAAGUCCGGGCGGUACCAUCAGAUUCGCGCGCACCUCGCGCACGUCGGCCACCCGAUCGUCUUCGACCGAGACUACGACGCCGACGCCGACGGUCGUCGCGACGACGCCGACGACGACGACGACGAUCACGCGGAUAUCGCCGCAGAUAUCGCAUCCGCCGAUCCGCUGACGUGUCCCGGCGGCCGAGCGGUGUACGCCGACGACGAAGAGAGGACGCUGCUGAAGAUGACUCGCGACGCGUACCAGCCGUGGUGCCUCGAGUGCGGGCUCGCGCUCGCGGCGCUGACGCGCGCGGACGACGCGCGCGCGUUCGGCGGCGACGACGCCGCGCGCCUCGCGGCCGCGCGCGAGGCGAUGACGCGGCACGCGGAGGGUGCCGAUGUGGAUGAUGACGUGGCGGAUGACGUGGCGGAUGAUGACGCGGCGCGGCGGCGUCGGACGAAACCGAAGACGCGAGGCCGCGUCGCGUUGCACUCGCUCGAGUACGUCUUCGCGUUCGACGGAAAGCGAUACGUCGCGCGCUCUUCGCGACUGCCCGCGUUCGCGACCGCCGCGUUUGAGCGCGCGGGCGCGAACGACCGGUUCAUCGAGACGUGCACGGUGGAUUCCGUGUGCGACGCGGCGAGUAGAUAG